AGACCCCGAAGCGGCCUCCACCAGCGUCGGCCUUCGGCCCUUCCAGCCAGAGCGCUCUUGGGACAAGCCGGGGAUUCCCCGCCGCCGCCCGCCCCCUGGCGUCACGGAGUCCCCGCGACGUCCCGCCGCGGCCCGGCGCCGUCCCGGGCGGGAGGAGCACGCCGCGAGGCGGGAGAACUCGGCCAUGGCUGGGCCCCGGGUCCCCGGCGCCCCCGCAGCCCGCUGGAAACGCCACAUCGUGCGGCAGUUACGGCUUCGGGACCGCACGCAAAAGGCGCUCUUCCUGGAGCUGGUGCCGGCCUAUAACCAUCUCUUAGAGAAGGCUGAGCUGCUGGACAAGUUCUCAAAGAAGCUGCAGCCGGAGCCAAACAGUGUCACUGCCGCCACCCACCAGGGCCCCUGGGAGGAGUCAGGGCCUGACUCAGACCAAGUCCAAUCACUGGCCACUCUGAAGGUGAAGUGGCAGGAGGAGGAGGAGGGGCUCCGGCUGGUCUGUGGUGAGAUGGCCUACCAGGUGGUGGAGAAGAGCGCGGCCCUGGGCGUCCUGGAGUCAGAGCUGCAGGAGCGGCGAAACAGGCUGGCGGCCCUGGAGGCCCGCGUGGUGCAGCUGCGAGAGGCGCGGGCGCAGCAGGCCCGGCAGGUGGAGGAGCAGCGGGCGCAGAACGCCGCGCAGCGGGAAGCCUACGGGGCGCUUCGCGUGCAAGCCGGGCUCCAGGAGGCGGCACUGCGCAGGCUCCAGGAGGACGCGCGCGACCUGCUGGAAAGGCUUGUGCAGCGCAAGGCCAGCGCCGCCGCUGAGCGCAACUUGCGCAACGAGCGCCGGGAGCGGGCCAAGCAGGCGCGGGUGUCCCAGGAGCUGAAGAAGGCUGCCAAGCGGACCGUGAGCAUCAGCGAGAGCCCGGACGCCCUAGGCGAUGUGAUGAGGGAGAGAACCAAGACUCUGGCCCUGGCCCCUGAACCAGAGCCCCUGGAGAGUAAGGCUUGUGAGAAGUGGAAGAGGCCCUUCAGGUCUGCCUCAGCCACCUCUCUGACGCUGUCCCGCUGUGUGGAUGUGGUGAAGGGUCUUCUGGAUUUUAAGAAGAGGAGAGGUCACUCGAUUGGGGGAGCCCCUGAGCAACGAUACCAGAGCAUCCCUCUGUGUGUGGCCGCCCGACUUCCUAUCCAGGCUCAGGAUGUACUGGACGCUCACCUCUCUGAGGUCAAUGCUGUUCGUUUUGGCCCCAACAGCAGCCUCCUGGCCACUGGAGGGGCUGACCGCCUGAUCCACCUCUGGAAUGUUGUUGGAAGUCGCCUGGAGGCCAACCAGACCCUGGAGGGAGCUGGUGGCAGCAUCACCAGUGUGGACUUUGACCCCUCGGGCUACCAGGUUUUAGCAGCAACUUACAACCAGGCUGCCCAGCUCUGGAAGGUGGGGGAGGCACAGUCCAAGGAGACACUGUCUGGACACAAGGAUAAGGUGACAGCUGCCAAAUUCAAGCUAACUAGGCACCAGGCAGUGACUGGGAGCCGUGACCGGACAGUGAAGGAGUGGGACCUCGGCCGCGCCUACUGCUCCAGGACCAUCAAUGUCCUUUCCUACUGUAACGACGUGGUGUGUGGGGACCAUAUCAUCAUUAGUGGCCACAAUGACCAGAAGAUCCGGUUCUGGGACAGCAGGGGGCCCCACUGCACCCAGGUCAUCCCUGUGCAGGGCCGGGUCACCUCCUUGAGCCUCAGCCAUGACCAGCUACACCUGCUCAGCUGUUCCCGAGACGACACACUCAAGGUCAUCGACCUGCGUGUCAGCAACAUCCGCCAGGUGUUCAGGGCUGAUGGCUUCAAGUGUGGCUCUGACUGGACCAAAGCUGUGUUCAGCCCGGACAGAAGCUAUGCACUGGCAGGCUCCUGCGAUGGGGCCCUUUACAUCUGGGAUGUGGACACUGGGAAACUGGAGAGCAGACUUCAGGGACCCCAUUGUUUUGCAGACACUGGCAACCAAGGAUCGGUGAGGGUAAGGCAGAGACUGCAGCCCACUUUUGUGUGAGUCCAUAGACUGCUUGGGAGCAAUUUUCUUUAUACAUCUUUAAAUUCAACUGUUUCUCCUCUCAUGUACCUGAAUCUCUCUCAUCCAUGGAGUGUCACCAUUUUCUGAGGCUGAAAGUUCUUCCACUAGCACCGAUGGAAAAACUCCAAUCCGCCCAUUGAAUUCCCCUUCCCAGAAGCCAUCGUCAUCUUGGUUUUCUUUGUUCAAGAUACGGAUUAUUGCUCCCUCAGGAAAAGAUAACUCAUCAUCUGUCUGGCCCUCGUAAUCAUAAAGUGCUUUCACAAAACAGACUAGGGAGCAAGAGAAAGACAAAUCUGGUAAGAUAAUUGACAGCUGGUUGCUUCUGCAACCACCCCUAUGCUCACAUGACAACUAAAAGAGCAUCGUACAGAAUAGGAUUAAAGUUGUAAUAUUUUUACUCACUGAUGAUCAACUUUAGGGUUCUACUAUACAGGACGAAUGUGACUAAAUAAAGGGAAGCAUAUUAUAGGACAGGAGCAAAGUUGUGCUUUUAGGUCAAAUGUGACCAAAUAAAGAGUGCCUUGUUUCAGUCUUUACCACUGGCAUCUCCGUUGAGGCUGCCUGAAACGAGUUCUGCUUCUGUGGAAUUGCUGGACGUGUGUGACCGACUGUCCAAAGUGGCCAGGGACUGCAGCAUGCUCAGGAGGCUGUUCGAGGUGGGAAACUGUAGGUACUUUUCUGGCACAUAACCCACUUGGCCAACUUUAUUUCGAGCCUGGGUAAAAGACAUGUGACAAAACAAGUUUACACACACAAUUCAGGCAGGGCACAACAAAGACCAAAACAAACUCCUAAAAAUGUCACAAGAAGGGGCGAUAUGAGCAAAGGAAUAUACCUUUACCCAGUCUUCCAUAUCUCCAUCUUCAAUCACUUCUAACACCUCAUGUUCCUCAAUGGUCAACUCAUCUGGUUGAGAAGCCUGCAAUGUAGGAUGGUCAUGGACAAAAUUAAAAAGGUUAGAUAAGGAGCAGAUGUGAGCUGAUCAUGACAAAAACUGGGGAUCAAAAUAUUGAAAUGAUUUUGAAAAACAUGUUGAACAUAAAAAUUUAAAUGCUGUAAAACUAUCAUAAUGAAGUGGAGUUUUACUUUAAAAAACUAAACAAAACCAUAAUAAAAACU